AUGAACGAGAGACCGGAGGUACAGCCCGUGGGGAGAGAGUAUGAGCUUGUUUGGGAGGACGGUGAGUUGCUGGUGAAUGAGGAGAGUAUCUUCCAGGUGAUCAGAAGCAUAAAGGAUCCGGAGCAUAACUACUCUUUGGAGGAGCUUCGCGUGGUUUCUUUGGAGAGAGUCUGCGUGCAGGAACUUCUUUCCGGGCACUUAGUCCGUAUUACGGUAGUUCCUACGAUCCCUCACUGCUCUAUGGUUGGGCUUAUAGGGCUUUCCAUCCUCUACAAGCUCUCGAAUACGCUUUCCAGCAAGUACGUUGUCCGCGUAGAGGUCCAGGAGGGGAGUCAUACGCUCGCAGAAGAGGUUUCAAAGCAGCUCUCCGACAUAGAGAGGACAUACUCUGCCUUCCUGAACGAAAACAUCGUCUCUGCUAUAAGUCCUCUCCUGUAG